GGCAGCCGCGCCAACUAAGGCUUGGCCCCGUGCGCUGAGCGGCAGUGUGCUGAUGCACGGGCUGGAGAGAGCGAACCUCGGCCACGGUCUUUCCCGAGACGCUUUCCCUUGUCCCGAGCUGCGAUGAGCACCCUAGCCGUGCCCCAGGACUUGCAGCUACCCCCGAGUCAGAGGGCCCAGUCCGGGUUCAGAGAGCAAAGAAGAGAAAAACUCAAGGAAUAUCUGUUGAAAAGAAAAACUGCUUUUGCCCUCAAACAGGAAAAUCAGAUAUUAUCCAGUAGUAGAGACCAGAGAGUGAGGACAUCUGAAGGCCAGAUCCAAAAAGAGGCAAAAGUUCUGAAACUGAAGACAAAAAUGGCUGAUAAAGAAAAUGUCGGUAGACCUACUGGGAUCAAAAGUAAUAUAACAGUGGAGAAAAACUGUAUUCCUUUAAAACCUUCUAAUGAAUUAACCAAUUCAGCUGCAGCAAUUGAUUCGCCUAAUUUUGAGGAUAAUAAUCAAACUCUGCCAUCGUUACCCAUGAAAGAUGACCCCCAGAGUCAACAUAUGACAUUAAGCCAAGCAUUUCACAUUAAAAACUACAGUAAAAAGAAGCAAGUGACUGUGGACAAACCAAAGCAAGAUGCUACCAUGCCCAAGAAGCCUGUGCUUGGAUCUUAUCGUGGCCAAAUUGUUCAGUCUAAGAUCAAUUCAUUUAGAAAACCUCUACAAGUCAAAGCUGAGAGUUCUGUAACAACGAAGAAACUUUCAACUACAGACUCUAACGCCACAAAGCCUCAGCCUGUAGACACUGGUGGUGGAACAGUGAAAAGUGACAGGGACUCACAUGUGACGACUGCCAAGAAAUUUGUGAGCACUGGCACUACAUCUCACAGCAGACACCUUGUGCGACCUCCAAUUAGAAGUCACCACAGUAAUAAUACCCAGGACGCCACAAAACGGGACAUCAGUAGGAUGUCUGCCAAUGUCACAAUUCGGAAAGGGCCUCGUGAGAAGGAAAUAUUACAAUUAAAUACAGUGUCAUCUAGUAUCAAAACCAGUUCUUCUCAGGACAUAAAUAAGACACUAUCGAGAAGCACGACAUCUGAAAUGGUAGCCAGGCCUGCUUCAUCUUCUAAUACGAAGCUGAUAGAAAAGUCUAAAGGCAUUGAUCAGCGCAGACAUACCAUCGUAAAAGCAACUAUUGAUAGUCGAUGGGCUCGGCCCAAAGAAACUGCAGAGGAGAGAAAAGUUCGUCUGAGUGAGUGGAAAGCUGGCAAAGGAAGGGUGCUGAAAAGGCCCCCUAACUCAGCAGUUACCCAGCCUGAGCCUGAAGGACAGAGUGAAAAACUGGUGGAGUCCUUCUGGACUACCAUGGCCGAAGAAGAUGAACAACGAUUGUUUACUGAAAAAAUAAACAAGACAUUUUCCGAAUGCCUAAACCUGAUUAAUGAGGGAUGUCCAAAAGAAGAGAUAUUGGCUACACUGAAUGACCUGAUUAAAAAUAUCCCAGAUGCCCAAAAGCUUGUUAAAUAUUGGAUAUGCCUUGCACAUAUUGAACAACUCACAAGUCCAAUUGAAAAUAUUAUCGCAAUCUAUGAGAAGGCCAUUCUGGCAGGAGCUCAGCCUAUUGAAGAAAUGCGACAUGCAAUUGUUGAAAUUCUGACAAAGAAGAGCCAAGAAAAAGUGAAAUUUGGAGAAAAAAUUGAGGAGUCCUCUGCAACUAAGGAACAAAUCCAAGAAGUCAACGUUGAUGACACAGGUAUUAAUCUAGAGGCAGAAAAAACGGAAGUGGACAAUAAGCAUCCUAGAAAUGUGAUAUUUCAAGAUUGUGAAAGACAGCAAGAUGACAAAACAAAAGAUCCAGCCAAUGAUGUUAAAACCCCCAAUACAGAAAGUGGAGCUGGUUGCUUAAUUAAAUAUAAUGUGUCUACUACGCCAUACUUGCAGAGUUUAAAAAAGAAGAUGCAGUUUGACGAAACAAAUUCUGCAUUUAAAGAGCUGAAGUUUCUAACACCAGUUAGACGUUCUCGACGUCUUCAAGAGAAGACUUCUAAAUUGCCAGAUAUGUUAAAAGACCAUUAUCCUUGUGUGUCUUCACUGGAACAGUUAACAGAGUUGGGAAGUGAAACCGAUGCUUUUGUGUGCCGCCCCAACUCGGCCCUGUGCCCCAUGUACUCAGAGGCGGUGGCGGAGAAGUGAAGCUCUAAGGAUUGGGGUCUGAGGAUUCCAAGGCUGUUUUGUUGGUUUGGUUGUUGAGACUCUGUAUAUUCCUUAGGUCAAGAAUUGCCAAGUACCUAUGUCUUCUGGGCAGUGAGUGCUGUUACUAAUGUUCACUUUAUAGCAGGUGUUGGCUUCUGUGCCUUGGAAAACUAAUCCUACCUUGAUCUCAGUACCUGGAGUUUUUCUCUACAAAUAAGUUUUGUCAAGACAGACCUAGCUUGCUUUUUCAGCCAGUUCUCAUACCCCAGACUGCCUGGCUUCUUCAUCACCACUUUCCACCAGGGCCAGUGAGUCUGCAUCUCUGGUCUCUUGGCCUCUUCUUUUUUUUUUUUUUUUUUCUUUUAAACUGUGGUCACCAACAGGGGUAAUUAACUAAACACUCUAAGUAGUAAGAAAGAAAAUAUGCCAAACUUAGUAUUUGGAACUUUAACUGAGUUCCUUUCUAUAGUUCCCUUUGUAACUUGACUAUCUAAAAUGUUAAAAUACUAACUUCUGUUGCUUCAUUUGAUAUAAUUUAUAGACUAUUAGAAUGGAGUUAGAGAAAGAAUAUAUAAUAUUUAAUGUCAUUCUAUUUCAAGUAGGUUUUCUAAAAUAAUACUUAAAAUUGAUUUAUUCCUUGUAACAUAAAAACUUCAGUUAAAUCAUGUCUCUUAAAAACAUGAUAGCCAUACACAUAAAUACCACCAAUAAAAUCGUUUUGUAGGUCUCUAAACUAAUACUUAAAUGGCAUACAUCCUUUCCCUACUCUACAGUUUUUCAAAUUAGAAUCCUGUCAUUGUAAAAGAAUACACAGUUUUAAAACUGCAUAAUAUGAUUGUGGUUGAAAAUCACAUACUUAAUCUUAUUUAUGUUCAUUAAUUCCAUUUGUAUAAUAGCACCUAUCUUUGUUCUAUUUAUUGUCUUAUGUUCUAGAGAGUAGGAUUUUUAUUCCUUUUUAAACUGUGUACCUAAUAUGUAUACAAUAAAUUAAAAGAUCUAUAUAACAAUAUUUCAAAGACAUUUCUUUCAACAAAUGUGCAGUUUAACCACAGUGAAUAAAUUUAAAGCUUGCCUUUGAAAUACAUCAUAGUGAAAUCUGACUUGAGGUUUUUCAACACUUAAAAUAAACGUAUGUUUAAUGGUGUAUUUCCUUUUGAAAAAUUAUCAAUCUACUUACCUAA